AUGGACGGCCACGUGACUGUCAAUGGGCGGGAGUGGAACGACCAGAUGAGUCGCUACGUCGCGUACGUCCCGCGCGAAGAUCUCUUCUACGAGACGUUGACAGUGCACGAACACCUCGUCUUUCAAGCGCAACUGCGUAUGCGUCGCACACACACAAACGACAUGUGUGUGGCUCGUGUGGAGCACGUAAUCGACGCUUUAGAGCUGUCAGACUGUCGCGACAAGCUGAUCGGUGGCGGCAUUUCUCUGCGUGGGGUCACGCCAGGAGAACGCAAGCUCCUCGCGAUUGCGACGGCUCUUUUAACGAACCCAUCGGUCCUGCUCGUGGAAGAGCCGACACACGGCCUCGACACGUUCAGCGCCGAGAAGAUCGUGGCUAAACUACGCUGGCUAGCGUUCGAGAAGGGUCUGACUGUGGCCACGACGCUGCAUCACCCGUCCUCGCACUUCUAUGGCCUCUUCGACGUCUUGUAUCUCGUUGCGGAAGGCUGCUGUGUGUACGAUGGCAAGGCUGCGGAUGCGGUCGCCUACUUCUCGACGAUCGGGUAUCCGUGUCCGGAAUACACAAGUCCCAUGGACUAUUUCAUGCUCCAGAUGGUCGUCGCAGACCGCGAGUCGGACGAUGUCGGCGUGGCUCGUGUUGACUUAUUGAAGCGUGAGUGGAGCGAGCGCAAUGCUGCGGCGUAUGCUGAUAACAAGGCACGCGCUGCAGCGGCCAAGGAGCAGAACGUUGUGGACUUCUACGAGGAGGAAAACCGGUAUUACCACAUGAGUUGUUGCGGUCAGUUGUGGCUGCUUUGGACGCGUCACGUUCGUCGGCUCUCUCGCUAUACGUUCGUCUUCUGGUGGCAUCUACUCGCUGCCUUGUUGGUGGGCGUCGUCUUUGGGCUCGUGUACUUGCAACUGGAUGUGGACGACCAGAACGGUAUCCAAAACUUUUCUGGCUGUUUCUUCUACCUGGUGGUGAUCCAGAUGCUACUCAGUGCAUGUAGAGCGUUUGUCUUCCUUCCCAGAGAGACAGCGAUCGCACUGCGGGAACGACAAGAGUAUCGAGGAGCUUGGUACCCGUUCUUGUGCUGGUACUGGACCAAGCUCGUCGCGGAACUCCCGGCUCUGCUUGUUCUGUCGGUAACCGGUUUCGUACCGGUAUUUCUACUCGUUGGGAUCGGUCACGGCUUCAAGGUGUACGUGUACAUGCAGCUCGUGCUGCUUCUUGCCGGUUGGGCUGCGACCUGCUUGGCCUUCCUCACGCUGGGAGCUCUCCGCCAUGUCACGCUUGCUCUCAUGGUGUACGCGGCGUUGCUGACGCUCUUCGCGGCCUUCGGAGGGCUCCUGAUCAAUGUGACAGACAUUCCGGACUGGCUCGCGUGGCUGCACUACAUUUCCCCCGUCAAAUACGCGUACGAAGCCAUGAUGAAGAUCUUCUGGAAGCGUGUGGGCUCCAUCGACUGUGACUGGACAUUAGACGGCUGUGUGGCGCUCUCGGGCGACGCAGUAUUGGAAUUCUACAGCAUGGAGACACGGUCCGUGCUGGGAGAUACCUUGAUCCUGAUUGCUAUCUGUUGCGCGCUUUACUUCGUGGCCUUCGGACUGCUGUUGAUGCUGGCGAACAAACGUGUUAGUGGUCUGCAGUGGCGAUACGACUGGACGUUCAAGGGCCUACUGGGUAGUCCACAGCAGCGUGUAGAGCGCACUACUCAGAGCGAGAAACACGCAGUCACACGUAGCAGUAUGCAGCGAGUUAUUGAGCGCAAGAGCCGCCACAGUACGUCGACAGCAGGCGACAACUGCUACAUUCAAGUGGAGACUCCGCGUGUCGGAGGACGAGACGUCAGUGACGUUGCUAGCAUCACACUCGGGUGGAACAGCUUGUCACUCAAGACACAGACGCAUAGUGAGAGCAAGUGUCUCCUUAGGGACGCCAGUGGAUCAGCUACCAGCGGUGAGCUGCUGCUGAUCACGGGGCCUUCAGACGCGUCCAACGUGGCGUUGUUGCAGACUCUUGGAGGUCUCCAGACGAGUCUGAAGGGCGACGUGACGCUGAACGGCGUCGCCAGCUCUUCUCAGAAGCUUGUAGCACACGCAGCGUACGUCGCGCGCAAGGAUCUGUUCUACGAGACGUUGACAGUGGAGGAACACAUGCAUUUCCACGCUCAACUGGCUGUGGGCAGCUCGCGUGCUGGUUGUUGUGGUGCGAGUGCAGAGCUGGUUCUGGAGCGUGUGGAGAUGAUUCUGGACGAGUGCGAGUUGGCCUUUAAGCGCCACAUGCUCAUCCGCUACCUGUCGGCUGCUGACGUGAAGCUGCUGGCCAUUGCGACGGCUUUGUUGAGUGAUCCGUCCAUCUUACUGGCCGAGGAACCCACGAGGGGUAUGGACUUCUACGCGUCGCAACGUGUUGUACUCAAGCUGCGUCAACUGGCUCGUGGAGGACGCACCGUUGCAGUGACAAUGACGCAUCCGUCCUCUCAUCUGUACGCUCUCUUCGACGCCAUGUGUCUUGUCGCGGAUGGAGCCACAGUGUACAAUGGUACAGUGAGGGAAGCCGUGCCGUACUUCGCCUCCUUAGGCUACCAGUGUCCGCAGUACAUGAGUCCAGUGGACUACUUCAUGCGUCUAGUAUCGGACGGACAGGCGACGUUGUUUAAGGAAUGCUGGGCGACUCACUACUCGACGUCGAGUGUGGCGCACUCGGAGCACGAGGCAGAUCCGGAAACUGCGACGUGUAGACGCCGCCUGGACAUGUGCAGCCAGUUGUCGCUGCUGUUCCGUCGUCACGUCCUCCGUCUGAUGCGCUACCGUGUUGUCUUCGGCUGGCACGCGUUCUGGAUGAUCAUUGUGGGGGUCGCUGUCGGUCUUAUCUUCUUGCAACUGGAUCUAGACGACCAAAAGGACAUUCGGAACUGGGCCGGCGCCUUCUUCUUCCUCGUCGUGCUGCAGAUGCUGGCGCUCGCGUACCGAACGUUUGUGUUCCUACCGACUGAGAUGGCGGUCGCGCAACGGGAGCAUCGCGUGGGUGGCUACUACAUGGCGUGUUGGUACGUGACCAAGGUGUUGGCUGAGCUGCCGGCACUACUGGUGCUGUCCGUCCUGCUCUUUGUGCCGGCGUAUCUGCUCAUCGGCAUCGGACACGGCUUCAAGUUGUACUUGUACAUGCAGAUGUCUACUGCUGGGACUCCUACGACGUGUACGCGUGGCUCUGUUCGUCUAUAUGCUGCUGUUGGUCCUCUUCGUGGCCUUCGGAGGCCUGCUGAUCAACGUGGACGACGUACCGGACUAUUUCAUCUGGCUGCACUAUAUUCUCCAGUUAAGUACGGAUAUGAGGCAAUGAUGAAGCUCUUCUGGGGUCGCAUUGGCUUCCUCGCUUGCGGAGGUGGCGACGGAAGUGGGAGCGGGAGCGCUACAUUUGCUACUGUGGGUGACGACUACUCGUUCAGCAUGUCGGGGUCUGGAUCGUUUGAGGACGACGACGGCUGCAUUGCGCACUCGGGGGAUGAAGUGCUCUCGCACUACAGCAUGGACAACUCUCGCAGUGCGCGUAGUGACAGCCUUAUUCUGCUGGAGCUGACGGUACUGUUCUUCUUCGUUGGCUACGUGUUUCUAUCGCUGCGCUGGCGUCGAAACAAAACUCUACUGAUAUAUUUUGGAUAA